AUGCGGUCUGUUCCGAACAUCGAUCUUUCUCGAGUGCCUCCUCCUCGGCAUCUUUUGAAGCGCUUCAGCGCCGAGCUUCGCCGGCAACGCAUCGAGCGCAAGGCCCGCAAGCUUCAAAAGAAGACACAGGCGCAGCCGGCCGAGCCUCUGGUCAACCCUCUGGGGCAACAUCCCGACCCUCUGGCGCAACAUCCUAUUGAUACAAAACAGGACAGCGCAGUGAAAUCUGCCAACUCCGAGGUUGGAGACCCAGUUGCCACCACGCCCGCACCACCGGAGCCUCCCACUUCGCCGAGCCAGACUGCGCCCGGGGAUAGAAGACGGAGCAGCGCAGCGAAAUCUGCUGACACCCAGGUUGGAGGUCCAGUUGCCUCCACGCCCGCAAGAUCGGGCCCUUCUUCUCUGCUGGGCCAGACUACUCCCGGGUAUAGACGACGGAGCAGCGCAUGGAGAUCGGCCGACACCCAGGUUGGAGAUCCAGACGCCAUUACGCCAGCACCCCCUGUCGGUAAGCGCAAGUUCAACUCGUCCUUCUCAGCCGGCUCGACUUUGCUGGGAAGCGACAGGAAGCCGGACAAGUACCCUUGCCACAUAUGCGGCUACGUCCUUGGGAAGCCCAGGGGUCACGGGAACAAGAUCGAGAGGCUGGCGUUUUUGCCAUGUGGUCAGGCCUUUGGCCACGAGUGCCUUUUCCACUGGCUCACGGACACGGGCGUCCCCAAGUACUGCCCCGACUGUUGCGUCCCCAUGCGCCAUGCAUGUGAGCAUCUGACAGCCCCAACCAAGUUUCCUCCGGUCGUAGCCUUCACCGACGUGAAAGCGGCCGUCAUGCCCUGGAACUACGAGUUUUGCGAAUCGCGAAAGGGCCUGAAGCUCCACGCGACGAUUAAGAAGACGGCCGACCGGCUGCGCAAGGCGGAAACGAGGAAGAUGCAUCGCGAAAAGUCGGCCAUGGACUUUGCCCACGAGGCUAUCCGCAGGUUUCACGGGCACACGGUUGUCCGAGCUGAGAAGAAGCUGGACGAGCAGCACAAGACCUGGUGGGCUGUCAAAUGGGCGAACUUUGGACUGCCCGAGUAA